AUGGCACCUUCCGUUGAAGUUUUGAAUAAUGCAGAAUCCUAUUUAAUUGCGGAAGAUGCUAUCAAAAUCCCAGCCAACCCGGCGGGGAAUGUCCCCGAAGACGCUUACUAUGUGGAAAAGCAAUCUUCUUCUGGGGGCUCUGAAGAGUGGCCAGGUUUGGUGAAAAGGGCCUUGCUUGCCCAGGUUGAUCAGAUCGAUCACGAUGUCUGCGACGCCGGAGACGAGGAUUCGUUUUUUGUGGCGGAUUUGGGGCAAGUGGCCAAGGCCUAUAGGCUUUGGGAGCAGAAAUUGCCUCAGGUCCACGCUCACUAUGCAAUCAAGUGCAACACGGACGAAGAGGUCGUGAAGUUGUUGGGGUCCAUGGGGGCCAAUUUUGACUGUGCCUCGAAAAACGAGAUAGACACCGUGUUGCGUCUCGGGUUCGACUCCUCUCGUAUUGUGUACGCCAACCCGUGCAAAACCAACUCGUUCAUCCGCCACGCCAAGAACUCCAACGUCAACUUGACCACUGUUGACAACAAGCAGGAGCUCUACAAGUUGAAGAAGUUCCACCCGGACUGCAAGGUGUUGAUCAGAAUCGCCACUGAUGACGAGUCGGCGCAGUGCAGAUUGUCCACCAAGUUCGGAUGCACGCUCGAGACAGCCUUGGAGGAGUUGUUGCCUGAGUGCUUGCACUUGGGGAUCGACGCUGUGGGCGUGGCGUUCCACGUGGGCUCUGGGGCGAAGGAUUUCGACUCGAUCUUCCAGGCAACCAAACAGGCCCGGAUGAUUUUCGACAAGGCGCAGCUGUUGGGCGCGCCAAUGACCUUGUUGGACAUUGGCGGUGGAUUCGAAAGAGAGACCUUCGAGGAGUCCUCGCGCAUGGUGCGUUCGUCUUUGAAGAAGUUUUUCCCCUCCGAGUAUGUGGAGCGCAAUGGCGUGCGCAUCAUUGCCGAACCAGGGCGGUUCAUGGUGGCAAAUGCGUUUACCUUGGCCACCCACAUUAUUGCCCGCAGGGACUUGGAUCGGGGCGCGGAUGGCAUGGAAGCCAUGCUUUACAUCAACGACGGUGUGUACGGAAACUUGAACUGCAUUCUCUUUGACCACCAGCACCCUGUGGCGAGAGUCUUGAAGAGCGAGGGCCGUGUUUACAACGACUUUGGGGAAAAACAUGCCGAGGAGUACACCUUCCUGAUCUGGGGGCCCACCUGUGAUGGGUUGGACUGUGUGGCGCCGCGUGCUGUGUUGCCAGCAAACGUGCACGUGGGGGACUGGCUUUACUUCCCCAACUUGGGGGCGUAUACUUCUGCUGCCACUACUUCGUUCAACGGAUUUAGCGGCCGGUCGGUUGUCAAGUAUGUUUCUAGUGAAUAA